AAUAGCGCCUGCCCCCCGACAAUAGCGCCUGCCCCCCGGCCGGGGCUCGCCGUGAUGCAAUAGCGCCGGGAGGGGGGAUGCGAAGCCCCGGGCAGGGGCGCUCGGUGAUGUCCGGCUCGGUUGCUGAUGUUAUCCCAACCCCCUCGGUGUUCUUCCAGCCCCGGAGGAGGAAGGAGGGAAAAGGGAUGCGCAAGAUGGAGCGACCGCUGGCUGCGCGGAGGGGCCGGGAGCCGGGCCGGGCGCACGGCAGGUAGCGGAGCAGGAGGGCAGAAGCGCUGCGGAUCGGGCGGUGAUGGAGGGAACGAGGCAGAGCAGGAUCUGUCGUCCGCACAAGAUAAGUGAAUCCUCAAAGGUGUACAGGUGGGAUGACCACUCUAGUCUAGUUCUUCAGAGCCUGAAUGAGCAGAGACACCGAGGCCUGUUCUGUGACAUUGUCCUUGUGGUGGAUGAACAGAGAGUUCCUGCUCAUCGGAACCUUCUUGCUGUUUGCAGUGACUACUUCAACUCUAUGUUCACCAUCGGUAUGCGAGAAGCCCACCAAAAAGAGGUUGAACUUUUUGGAGCCUCUUAUAUUGGUCUGAAGGCCGUGGUGGAUUUCCUUUAUGGCAGCGAGCUGUCUUUAGAUGGGGGCAAUAUUGACUAUGUGCUUGAAACAGCUCACCUGCUGCAGAUCUGGAAGGUGGUCGACUUCUGUUGUGAGUAUCUGGAGAAUGAAGUCAGCGAGGAGAACUAUUUGUACCUGCAGGAGCUAGCCUCGAUUUACAACCUGAAGCGCCUUGACUCCUACAUUGAUUCUUUCAUCUUGCAGAACUUUGGCACGCUGUCUUUCACCCCAGACUUCCUGCAGAACAUUUCCUUGCAGAAGUUGUGCCAAUACCUGGACAGCAGCAACGUGCAGCAGGAGUGUGAGCACGACUUGCUGCAGGCUGCCUUGCAGUGGCUUACCCAGUACCCGGAAAGGGAGAACGAGGCUUACCGUGUUCUGGAUAACAUCCAUUUUCCCUUGAUACCCAAAAGUGAUCUCCUCCAUCGAGUCAAGCCUGCCGUCUGCUCUCUUCUUCCCAAAGAAGCAAACUGUGAGGGGUUCAUAGAGGAAGCGGUGAACUAUCAUAAUAACGUCACAGCUCAGCCAGUGCUGCAAAACAAACGGACGGCCCUGCGGACCUGCGAGGAAAGGCUCCUCUUUGUGGGUGGGGAGGUUUCCGAGCGGUGCCUGGAACUGAGCGAUGAUACCUGCUUCUUGGACACCAGAAAGGGGCAGUGGGUAGCAGAAACCCCUCUCCCAGCCAGACGAAGUCACCACUGUGUUGCAGUCUUGGGAGGCUUCAUCUUCAUAGCUGGAGGCAGCUUUUCAAGAGACAAUGGAGGGGAUGCAGCUUCCAAUCUCCUAUAUAGGUAUGAUCCCCGCUGUAACCAGUGGAUAAAGGUUGCCUCCAUGAGACAACGGCGUGUAGAUUUUUACCUGGGAGCUAUUGCUGACAUGCUGGUAGCGGUUGGUGGCAGGAAUGAAAAUGGGGCACUUUCUUCAGUUGAGACCUACAGCCCUCAGAAGGAUUCGUGGUCCUACAUAGCAGGCUUGCCAAGGUUUACCUAUGGCCAUGCUGGAACAGUCUACAAGGAAUUUGUGUACAUCUCAGGAGGACAUGAUUACCAAAUCGGCCCCUAUAGAAAAAACCUGCUGUGUUAUGAUUACCGCACAGAUGUUUGGGAAGAGAAGAGGCCAAUGAUCACUGCCCGAGGGUGGCACAGCAUGUGCACCUUACAGGACAACAUCUACUCCAUUGGUGGCAGUGAUGACAACAUAGAAACCAUGGCUCGUUUUGACAUUCUGAGUGUGGAGUCGUACAGCCCUCAAUGUAACCAGUGGACCAGAGUUGCUCCUCUCUUGCAAGCAAACAGUGAGUCAGGGGUGGCAGUUUGGGAAGGCAAGAUUUAUAUCCUUGGAGGCUACAGCUGGGAAGAAACGGUCUUCUCCAAAACAGUCCAGGUUUAUGACAAGGAGAAAAAUAAGUGGUACAAAGGAACUGACUUACCAAAAGCAAUUGCUGGUGUGUCUGCAUGUGUCUGUGCAUUGAAACCCAAAACAGAGGACAAAAAGAAAAAGACAAAAACAAAAAAACAUCAAGAUCGAGGAAGAUGACUACUUCUGGUUAACCACCUUUUGAUGGUGGACUCCAAAAGGACUUUGUAUUUAAUCAUUUCUAUCUAACCUUGAUUUUUUUUUUUUUUUUCCCUUUAUACACGAGGGGGAAAGGCAUUUUCUGAAGCCUCAUAAAAUGUACAGCUGAAUGUGGUUUUUGGAUUAAGCUCAUGUUUAAGGUGAAAACAACAAAAGAAACCGGAAAAACCUUCCUACUGUAUAAAAGGUGAUAUGGCAAGAGAGGAUAUGCUGCUCUUCUGAAUGUUAAGGCUUAGUCAUUUACUUCUGUGGUUUAUGGCAUUUCCACAUAGUAUUAUAUUGACAUAAAAUAAGGUUGAACCUGUGGCUGAGAUGUCAAGGGGAAGGAGGCAGAGUAGUAAGUGUCUGCUUUGAAGUUACAGAGCAGUUCAAAGUUGUUCAGAAGCAACUGUUAAGAAAAGCCGAAGCAGAUCUUCAAUGUAUAUCUUGAAUUUUUAUAACGCUAAAUUUCAUUCACAAUACAUUCUUGAGUUGUUAGUAUCAGAUUUCUGGAACACAUGGGUGUUCAAAGAGAGUAUUGCUGUUGGUGAAUGCAGGUCAAAUCGGUUUGAAGAGCAAAUAACUCCACUGUACUCUUAAGAUUAAGAAGACCUUACUAAAGAAUAGAUAGGAUUGACUUGGGGUUGGAUCGAUAGCACUGUGAACUUUGAAAUCUGGGUUGUUUCCUUUGUUGUGGCAUUUCCCAUAUAAGCACAAUAGCAAGUUUUUCUUGGGCUUUAAAACACAUCCCAAAAUAAGGAAAAAAUCUAUUGAAGAACUUCAGUAUUUGAGGAUUUGAGUGGAAACCUUACAGCUUGCCUUGGACUUCAAAGCAGAUGGAACUGAUAGAGCUCACUGCAAGUUUGGGGUUUGUUGAGUAGGAUAAAGGUGGGGAGAGGUGGCAGGAGGAUCCUUCAGGUGAAGUUCAAACAAGAUGUCCCUCCCCUGUCCUACCAGGCUGUAGAAGCUGCAAUCCACUUCAUUUAACUUAAGCCUCACAGUGGUCACAGCCAGUAGUCGGUGUGAGCAGGAGCCCAUACUGAACUUGUUUGCUGUCAAAAAGCUUAUUAACCCAGAGUGGUUAAUUGUGGUUCAGUAAUCUUGGAAAAUGGCAACUCAUUUUUUUUUUUUUUUUUACCUGAGGUAAUAGCUCACACUUUCCUUUUUUUUCAAGUUGAAAUGUCUUUGUGGAAGUAGCUUUUUCUGAUGGAUUUGUCAGGGACUUGAAGCCACAGCUUAUCAUGCAUGUAACCAAACACCUUCCCCAGUGGGACAGAAGAAACCCAACAUACAUUAAGGGCUGUGUUUGGGAUCCACACCCUGGGACUGAACUGAAACCCAUCCGUUGGAUCCUCUGUGUCACGCUGUCGUCUGCAUACCAAGCAAAGAGAUUUCUGACCCAAGUGUUAGUCCACCCUCUACAAACACAGCUGAUUCUGCUGCAGAUAUUAAAAUUCCCCGACUGUCUGGCCAGCUUUCAGGCAUUCACCCUGGGGCAUUUUACAAAUGCACCUCUGAUUUGCAAGAAGACAGUCACCAGCAAUCUGAUACAAGCUCUCAUUACUGUAAUAAUGCCAGGCCACAGAUUAAUAUUCCUCCUUCCCAAAAUAAAUUUUUAGGAAGUUUUUAAAAACAACUUUUGUACUUUUUUAUAACACGUUUUGCUAACUCAGUCUCGUUUGCCAUAUAUGAUAUUAUUUACUGUAUAAGUUACUGCUCUGCAAUUGUGACCCUGUUGUUGCCACAAGGAACUCAUCAUUUAGUAGAUCUUUUAGUCUUUGUGUAGUUGGUCGAGAUGCGGUGCAGCUGUUGGAGCAGCAUUGAUGACAUUCUCAGCAUUGUCAGGCUGUCAGCUACAGUUGUGACUAUUGUACAGCCGCUUCCCCAAGAGCCCAGCUCGGCAGACCAGCUAAAAAACAUUCUUUAUUUUCAGCUAUUGGUGAUCUGCUGAGGGGAUUUCAAGGGCUUUGGUUUAAAGUUUUGCUGGGAGCUGCCAAUUGUUGCUGUUAUUUCUUCCUUGGUCCUCCUUUCACAUCUCCCUUAUGCACUGUAACCAUAUAUUUAAUAUUUGCCUUUUUUUUUUCUCCAUCUGGUGUACAUAAAGGUGAUAUCCUGCUACCCCUCCCUGCCUUUUUUUCCCAACUAUUUACCUCAAUAAUUGGAAAACACUAAGAGAACAUUUUUGCACUUAAUUUCAUUUGAAGCUCUUGUAAGCUAAAGAAGUCUUUGAUAUAUUACAAGACCAUAUUUGUAUGGAAAGAGGUACCUCUGAAUAAAUUUCUGGAGUGCAAGGAAGUUACAGGUUUCUUCUUCAGUGCUGAGAAAGGGUUUAAGAAAACUAGUUGAAAUUACAUUUGUGAAACUUCUCGAGGUUUUUUUGGUCUUUUAAAAAAAAAAAUUCUCAGGAGCUCAGGAGUUAGUAUUUCAUUUGCAUUAAUGGAUUUGAUUUCAGACCUUUGUACACUGCAUGAGGUAAUGCUCUUUCUUUUUUUUUAUCUUAGAAAUAGAUAAAUUGAAAAAAACCAAACAUUUUGGUUAUGACAAACACACUAUUGAGUUGUUAGGGGGUUUUUUUAUAUCUCAAAUCCUUGCUAUGUUGACUGACCGCUUCACUUCGGGGGACAUUUUCAUGUGUAAGUAUAGAACAAAAUUUUCAAAGACUUGCUUUGUUUCUGUUAAUGGGUUGCUUGUUACUAUAUCCCCCUUUUUAUGUGUUUAUGUAUUACACUAAUGUCUGGAAACAAUAAAUCCAGUUUAGACUAUUGUAUUCAUUACA